AAACUCGUGUGAGCGUAAGCAGCAGGUUGAAGAUAAAGGGAAAACGGUCAAAGUAAUUGAGUUAAAAACGUGUGGGAUUUAAUUUGAACGUGGGUUUUGUCUUAUUUGUUGCAACAAGUUUCAUUUCUAGUAACUGAACUCGUGGUUUUAAGCUAUAAAUUAAAUUAGAUCUGCUUUCCAUUUGUACUUCCAUUAAAAAUUUUUAUUUGGUUUCUAUAAAUUUGACAGCAUUUAAAGGGAGUUAAAGAUGAGUUCUUCGUUACCUAGUCCUCCAAUGUUGAAGACUACAAUUAUUCAGCUUAAUAAAGACUUGGAUAACGAUGAUAAUAAUUAUGAGAUUUUAACUAAUGAAUGGAUGAAUAAUGGGAAUUCAAGCGAAAGUAAUACCAAUAGCAACAUUGGGAUUUUAGAACAACCACAAGCAAAGAAAAAACGUAGAAGAUCAUCGGCAAAUAUUGAUUCGGAAGAGUUGGCUAAACGGAAGCAUGAAACCAAGCAAUUACAUUCGAUUAUUGAAAAAAGAAGAAGAAUAAAAAUUAAUAGGGAAUUUGAAGCAUUAAAGUAUUUGAUUCCUGCUUGCCGUUCUUCAAAUGAAGGUAGUAUUUCAAAUACUAAGAAGAAUUCCAAUUCCAAUAACAAUAAUAAAAUCGAUGGGAUGUAUAAAUUAACUAUAUUAAAAUCAUCAGUUGAAUACAUUCUUUACCUUCAUCAUAUAAUUGAAAAACAACAUGCUUUAUUAUCAAACAAUCCAGACUAUUCGUUUGAUAUCAAUUUUUGUGAUAUUCCUUUAAACGUUAAUCAAUAUAGAAAUAUAGAUAAAGAAUUCAGUUUUAAAGAUUUAAUUGAAAAUAAAGAUUUGGCCCAUUCUUCGAACUCUUCUUCAAAUUCUUCUUCACCAAAUAUCUCACCGGCAAACUCAAAUGUAUCCAAUAAAACAAACGUCAUUAAGGAUUCCAUAGAAGAACACGUUGAUGAAAACGAUGAGAAAAGUCACCAUAACUUACCCCCUUUAGAACGUCGCCAAGUUAAAAAAAUAAGAUCAACUUCUUCAUUACCAUCAAUAAAACACCUGCCACCAAGUUUUAAUAAAAAUCAAUUACCCAGCCCAGAAAUAACCCCCGACAUGGCACCAAUACUUUCAAUGUUGAAUAAAUAUUCAAAUUCAACUAAUUCCUCUUUUUCAUUUACAAAUACAACAAAUUUACCAAACGAUACUAGACUAAGCCAGUCAACCGGAGUUUCUCCCUUUACCAAACCUUUAAGAUCAUCUUUCAGUAAAUCAAAUACUCAAUUUCAAUUGCCGGACCCUGCAAUCACUUCUCCUUCUCAAUAUGAUUCCAACUACCCCCGUAAAAAAUUUUUCAAAUCAAAAAUCCCCGCCAAUAAUACUAUCAUACAACUGCCAAAUAAUGACUCGAUCAAAGAUGACGGUCUUACUUAUAUUGAUGAUUCUCUCGAUGUUGAUGACGGUUCUACUAAACGUAAAUUAUCUGAAAAAGAUGCUUCCAAAACCUUAUUGGCUCUAAGAAAAUCAAGUAUCGAUAAUUUAUUAAAUUAAAUUUGUUCUUUCUCUUCUUCUCUUUGUAUUUAUUUUAUUAUUAACUUAUAUAUGUGUAUGCUAAUGAAUAUUUAUUCUAUUAAUAA